GAGACAAAGUGCUGGCGGCCCAGAAUCAUGGCUGCAAAGGGCUUCGCUUCGCGUCUCAGGGACUCGCGGCUGUUUCUGAAUGGCUUCUUGGCCGGGGCUGUAGUGGGCGCCGCAGGAGCAGGGCUGACGGCGGUGCAGUUCCUCCAGCGUCGGGACGCGGGGUCCGCGAGGCCGGCGAGGCAGCCGCACGAAUCUGCAGAAAAAGUUGUCUUGGAACAGUUUGGAUUUCCUUUAACUGGAACAGAGACCAGGCGUUACACCAACCAUGCCUUGUCGUAUGAUCAGGCAAAGCGGGUGCCCAGAUGGGUUCUUGAACAUAUAUCCAAGGACAAGAUCAUCGGUGAUGCGGACAGGAAGCACUGUAAAUUCAAGCCGGAUCCUACUGUCCCUUCAGCCUUCAGCGCCCUCAAUGAAGACUAUAUUGGAAGUGGCUGGUCACGAGGCCACAUGGCCCCGGCAGGAAAUAACAAGUUUUCCAGUGAAGCCAUGGCAGAAACCUUUUACCUUUCUAACAUUGUGCCUCAGAAUUUUGAGAAUAAUUCCGGCUACUGGAAUAGGAUAGAAAUGUACUGCCGUGAGCUGACGGAGAGAUUUGAAGAUGUUUGGAUAGUAUCGGGACCUUUAACCUUACCUCAUACUAGAAACGAUGGAACAAAGACAGUUAGUUACCAGGUGAUCGGUGAGGACAAUGUGGCAGUCCCCUCACACCUUUACAAGGUAAUCCUGGCUCGCAGAAGCCCAGAAUCCACCGAGCCACUGGCACUGGGGGCCUUUGUGGUACCAAAUAAAGCCAUCGGGUUCCAGUCCCAGUUAACCGAGUUCCAGGUGAGCCUCCAUGACCUAGAGAAGAUGUCAGGCCUGGUGUUUUUCCCCCAUCUGGAUAGAACCAGGGACAUCCGGAACAUUUGCUCCGUGGACACCUGCAAACUCCUGGGGUUCCAGGAGUUCACUCUGUACCUGAGCACAAGGAAGAUCGACGGAGCCCGGUCUGUGGCCAGACUGGAGAAGGUUCUGGAAGCUUUGAAGAGCUCCGGGGUGGAACCUGACGAUUACUUCCUGAGUCGCUAUGGGAAAAAGCUGGAGGAACUGAAGGCUAAGGAGCAGAAGGACGCCCAGCUGGAAAAGCAGUCCUAGCGUCUGCCUGGGUGUGCGCUCAGCGUCUGAGACGAACAGGCAAGGCCUCUCCGGGCAGAGGCGUUUUCAAGAAAUGAUGGAAUCCUGACCAAAACCCACUGGCUCAAAACUCAGUGUUGUUUUCCCUAGGACCGGAGUUGGCUGAGGUGGUUUUAAAACUCUCUUCUCUCCGAUUUGCAUUUGCAUGCUUCUUCUCUCAUGGCCUUGAGAUCCUGCAACCGAGCAUCCGAUGACUGCUCCUCCCCUGUGCAAACCCUGCUGUUCCCAUCUUACCUGUGGGGAAGACAAGGCUCAGGGAGCUUCAUGUCCCCCAUUGGUGUUCUACAGCAGUCUCCCGGAUGCCUCAGAGUUAAGACAAAGUAGAUGGGGUUUGACUCAGUCCGUAUUGACGGCUGUUUCUGGUGCCAAGGCCCUCCUGGUGAGAAGGGUCUGUCUCCUCAGAAGAGUGAGCACGUCAUCUCUGUGGGAAGAAACAGCGGGUCUUUGAAAGAUGGAGGUACCUCGUGGGUUUCACCAGAGCCUGUGGUUCCCUCCAGGGAUCACGUGGUGCCAGAUAAGUGUGUUUCUUGCUUCAUGGGGGCCGUUCUAAGGGAGCGCAAGAAAGGUGCGUGCUGAGAGUCGCCGGGUACCUCUGUUCUUUCCUGCUACCUGCCUGGCCAGCACACCACAGGUAGGUCUAGCCUGGGCCCAAGCUCCAGAGCAGUUCAUUCCCAGGGGAAAGAGCAGCUGCUCUCUGUGCUGACCUACACUGCUGUGUACAGAUCUUGAGCUGUCCUGAGUAUGCUCGGCCCAGUAGCUUCCGGGCAGAAGGACUUGUCUGAAUCUGCCACUCUGCCUCUGUCUUCUGAGCAGUACGAGAGUGAUCUUUGUGGCGUUGUGUUUGCCUCUGAUGGAAAUGCCAUGGCUUUACAAUAAAGACAAGAAGGCAGUG